AUGCGAGUCCAAGACUUAGCGGAAGAGUUCGCGUCCCACCGUGUUGAGAUCCAGCAACGAUUGGAUCAAAUAUCUGAAACCCUAGAUGCGCGUUUGUCAUCUAUUUCUGCAUUGGAUGCUCGAUUUGCAGCCAUUGAUGCUCGCUUGAGAGAUAUGUCUCCUCAUGUUUCUCCGCACUCUUCGAGUUCAGCUUCUUCGUUACCGCCACACAUGGAGUUUCUGGACACGAGAAAUCCUUGUAAGCAAGUGAAGAUGGAGAUUCCGGCAUUCAAUGGCACCGAUCCAAACAAUUGGAUUUUCAAGACAGAGCUUUAUUUUCGUCUUCAGCAGAUUCCUGAAGCGUUGAAGGUGCACCUUGCAGGCCUGAAAAUGAAGGGAGCAGCCGCACCGUGGUACCAAUGGAUCUAUGGCAGUGGUACAGUGAAUUCAUGGCCAGAAUUUUGUGUCGCAGUAAAACAGAGGUUCGCUUUUCCUAACCAUCGUGAUGUGAGUGGGGUUCUUUCCAAGCUCACGCAGACAGGGACUUUGUCUGAUUACAUGAAGGAGUUCGAACGAUUGAUGAACCAGGUCACGAAUCUGGGAGAUGAUCUUUUGAUGGAAUUCUUCGUAUCUGGCCUCCAACCAGAGUUACGAGGAGCUAUACAAUUACAUUGGCCUACUUCGUUGCAUCACGCAAUGCAGUUAGCAAUGUCGUAUGACUCUCAUUUUAAUGAGCUACGGUCCUCGUUCAAUUCAUCAACUAAGAAGUUCGUUCCCAAUCGUUCUUCACCAUUACCUUCUUGGAAAAACUCCACUGACAAACUGCUUCCGAGUACGUCUACCGUUGUUCUGACUCAAGGUAAUACUUCAGCUCCUUUAGCAUUACAGUCUUCGUCACUCUCGUCGUUACCCAUAAAAAAAUUACCACCAGAAGAAUUGCAACGCAAGAGAGAUUUAGGUAUCUGCUAUACUUGCGAUGAGAAAUGGACAGCAAGUCAUAGAUGCAAGGCGCGAAUGUUACUGUUGAUUGGCGAAUCAGAUGAUCCUCCGCAUGAACCAGAGGAGGAGGUUGUGUGGCAGGUGGCGAAUACAGAUGAGAAUGUCACUCAUGCAGCAUUACACAUAUUGGCAGCAUCAGUUAAUCCACGUUCAUUGCAACUGUCAGCUUUAAUUAGGAAGCAGGAAGUGGUAGUGUUGAUUGACUCUGGAAGCUCUCAUAAUUUCAUCCGCAAACAGUUGGCUGAUGACUUACAGUUGCCCAUGUCUCGUGUAACUCGAAUGAAGGUCUUUAUGGGCAAUGGUGAGUAUAUGAUUUGUGAGAAAAAAUGUGUUAAUGUCUCACUGCUGAUACAAGGCUUAGAGUUUGUGGUGGACCUGUGGGUUGCUGAUCUUAGUGGGUUAAGUGUAAUCUUAGGCAUGUGCUGGUUGAGCCAGCUAGGGAGAGUCUCUCAUGAUUAUGGUGACCAGUCGAUAAAAUUUGCAUGGCAAGGUGGCUGUGUGAAAUUAUGUGGAAUUUCAGAUGGGGUCUCACAACACAGUAUUGCAGAAAGGUGUUGCAUUUUGGAGGGCCAUCCAGGGAACAUAGCUACUGGAGAGUUGACUUCCGAAUUGGAAACUUACAGAGAUAAAGUUCCUUUCCAAUUGUGGCAGGUCUUGGUGCGUUGUGAAUUGGUGUUUGCAAUUCCAAAAUCCUUACCUCCUUUUAGAGGAAUGGAUCAUUGCAUUCAUUUGAGCAAGGAUUCCCAACCGGUGAACGUGAAACCUUACCGUUACCCUUACCAACAGAAAGGUGAAAUAGAACGACAAGUUUCAAAACUUUUGUCAUCUGGUUUUAUUCAAUACAGCAAGAGCCCCUUCUCCUCCCUGUUCUGUUGGUGA